AGUCUCUCUCUUUCUCUCACACACACUCACACAGAUACUCCCGUAAAAAAAAAAAGAUGGAGUUUUCAAUCCAGUCAAUUGCAGUAGCGACGGUUCUGGUCGUCCUGACGGCAUGGGCAUGGAGGGCGGUGAACUGGGUGUGGCUGAGGCCGAAGAGGCUCGAGAGGCUCCUGAGACAGCAAGGCCUCUCCGGCAAACCCUACACCUUCCUACACGGAGACCUGAAGGAGAGAUCGCGGUUGCUCAAGGAAGCCAUGUCCAAGCCCAUCGCCGUCUCGGACGACAUCAAGCCUCGUCUCUUGCCUUUCUUGCAUCAAUCCUUCCAAACCUAUGGCAAAGACUCGUUCAUGUGGAUAGGCCCAACACCAAAAGUGUGCAUAACGAAUCCCGAACAGCUAAAGAAUAUCUUCUCCAAGAUAAACGACUAUCCCAAGCAAACCUCCAAUAAUCUGGUGAAGUUGCUUGCCGACGGACUCGUGACCCACGAGGGCGAGAAAUGGGCUCAGCACCGGAAGAUUAUCAAUCCGGCAUUCCGCAUGGAGAAGUUGAAGCUUAUGUUGCCCGCUUUUCAUUCAAGUUGCGCUGAAAUGGUUACUAGAUGGGAAAAUUUGGUAUCCGUAGAGAGAUCAUGUGAGGUCGAUGUGUGGGUCGACCUUCAAAAUCUGACCCGCGACGUGAUCUCUCGGACUGCAUUUGGUAGUAACUUCGUAGAAGGCAAAAGGAUCUUCGAACUUCAGGAGGAACAAGCCCUGCUUGGGCUUAAAGUUGUUCGAUCGGUCUACAUCCCCGGCUGGAGGUUUGUGCCUACUAAGAUGAACAGGAGGAUGAAGAACAUAGAUAAGGAAGUAGAGGCUCUGCUCAUGGACCUCAUUCGCAGAAGAGAGAAAGAAAUGAGGGCAGGGGAAGCUGCUGGCCAUGAUCUAUUGGGGCUGUUGUUGGAGUCAAACAUGAAAGAGAAUGUCGGGAUGAGCCUUCACGAUGUGGUCGAGGAGUGCAAGAUUUUCUACAUCGCCGGACAAGAGACCACUUCGGUCUUGCUGGUUUGGACCAUGGUCUUGCUGAGUUUGCACUCUGAUUGGCAAGCCCAAGCCAGAGAGGAGGUCCUCCAAAUCUUUGGAAACAGAGAACCUGAACUUGAUGGGUUAAGCCACCUCAAGAUUGUCACGAUGAUCUUGAAUGAGGUCCUGAGGCUAGUCCCACCGGUGAUUGAGCUGUCACGGAUUGUUCACAAAGAAACAAAACUCGGGAAGUUGACCAUACCCCCUGGCGUCCAGCUCUCACUGCCGAUUCUCCUCAUCCACCAUGAUAAAGAACUAUGGGGCGAGGAUGCUGAGGAGUUCAAGCCAGAGAGGUUCGCUGAGGGAGUGUCCAAGGCCACCAACAAUCGACUCUCCUUUUUCCCAUUCGGAGGGGGCCCUCGUAUAUGCAUUGGCCAAAACUUCGCAAUGAUAGAGGCAAAAAUGGCGCUCGCCAUGAUACUUCAGCAAUUCACAUUCGAGCUCUCUCCAUCUUAUAAGCAUGCUCCUUUCGGUGUCAUCACCCAGCAGCCACAGUAUGGUGUUCAUGUGAUCUUGCACAAGGCAAACUAGA